AUGUUGUAAACAGGGUCACCACUGAUCUGUCUACUGUAAUCUCCAUUUUGAAUGUUUUUAUGGUUUCGGGUUUUAUGGCACGCCUCUUUUCUCAUGGCAGAAACGAGUAAAUUGCCUGGAUUAUCCGUAUGGUGUUAUGAAUUCGGACUAAAACGCUGAACGACAUUUGAUCUGCGAUCUUUUGCACGAUUUCUCCUGCAUUUCUGAAGCGACCUCAGACUUCUAGCUGCGGUGAAGGUUUUCAUGUUAUUGCUAAUUGCUAACAGACGAACAUCAACAAAACAAUGUCAGAUGAAUCAACAGAUCGCAACAGCAAGGUAAAUAUCCAACGUGAUGCAAAAUGGAUCAAGGAGGACUAAAGAACGUCUCCAAGAGAGAUGAGCGAUUGAAUACAUUGGAUUACAGUAACAAAAGAUUACAAAGCCCCAUGUCUGUCGCCCCCGCUUCUGUGGUUCCUCAAGCCAGUCCACUGAUGCAGCCUGUUUCGGGGGACCUUCCUAAUGGUGUGAGCAAUUCGCCAACCCUGGAGGAGCACGCCAUCUCCGCAUCCUCCACUCUAGGACUGUUUUCAGAUGAUUCUGAACUAAAAAUGCUUGAGAAGGACCAAAGGGUCCAUCAGCCUUUGGCCUCAUUUACUCUAGGCGACAGCUUCUCAGGUCUGGAGGCCAGCAUUGCAGACCUGAAUAGUGCCUCCCCUUCAAUGGACUCCCUGAUUGGUGGAGUGGAUCCCAAUCUGUUUCAUUUGAAAACCGAGGAGGACUUUUCUCCCAUGGAUAAAGGCGAUAUGGACCUUGACCAAGAUGCUUUUGGAAACAUUGGGAAGGACGUUGAUGUUGGUAAUCAUAAGCUCUUUAGUGACAACACUCUGGACCUUCUGCAGGACUUUGAGUUAGAAGGCUCGCCCUCUGACUUCUACGUGGGAGAUGACGCUUUCCUCUCCAGCAUAGGUGAGGAUGCCCUGCUGGGAGACAUGCCAGCAAGUUCAGAGAGAGAGUCGAAACCUGCGUCAGUAAGCACCACCGUCAACGGUGCAACCAGCACCAACACAGUUAACAGCACCAGCUCGCUCACUGUAAAGUUGGAAAAGGACAACAUAAUCCGUCUGUGUACCCCAGGGGUCAUCAAACAGGAGCACGGUAGCGGGACUAACUACUGUCAGGCAAGUCUCCACACCACACCCAUUUCCAUUUGCGGUGUCACCACUUCGAGUGGACAGAGCUUCCUCUUUGGGACUGGUUCUUCUUCGACUGCUGCCAAUCAGCAGAAAGACCAGAAGCCUAUUUUCAAUCUGUACACCCCUCAGACAUCAUCGGAUAACGGUUGGAACAGGAGCCAGGGAUAUGGAAGCGGGAUACAACAGAGGGCCAGCGAAAGCUUUUCCAAAUCCUUCACAACCACCUAUGCCAGGCCUGAAGAUAGCACUGCCAGCACUUCAGCCGUGGGAAAGUCCGGCGCUGCCACACACAAGAUCUGUUUGGUCUGUUCAGAUGAAGCUUCAGGCUGCCAUUAUGGAGUCCUCACCUGUGGAAGCUGCAAGGUGUUUUUUAAGAGAGCAGUCGAAGGACAACACAAUUACCUGUGUGCCGGACGAAAUGAUUGCAUCAUUGACAAAAUCCGCCGGAAGAACUGUCCUGCCUGCCGCUUCCGAAAAUGUCUCAUGGCAGGCAUGAACCUGGAGGCCCGUAAGACCAAGAAGCGUCAGCCAGUAACCAGCGCCAGGUUAGUCCAGCAGCAGACGAUUCCCGAGCAAAAUCUUCCACCGCUCCCCGAGGCCCGGGCACUGGUGCCCAAACCCAUGCCUCAACUGGUGCCCACCAUGUUAUCUCUACUGAAGGCCAUCGAGCCUGACACCAUCUAUGCCGGAUACGACAGCACCAUACCUGACACUUCCACCCGUCUCAUGACAACUCUGAACAGGCUGGGCGGCCGGCAGGUCAUCUCAGCGGUUAAAUGGGCAAAAUCCCUGCCAGGCUUCCGAAACCUUCACCUGGAUGAUCAGAUGACCCUCCUGCAAUGUUCUUGGCUCUUCCUUAUGUCUUUUGGGCUUGGCUGGAGGUCUUAUCAGCAGUGUAAUGGAAAUGUGCUGUGCUUCGCACCAGAUCUUGUGAUUAAUGAAGAACGGAUGAAGUUGCCGUACAUGAGUGAUCAGUGUGAACAGAUGCUGAAGAUUUCCAAUGAGUUUGUGAGGCUGCAAGUGUCCAAUGAGGAGUACCUGUGCAUGAAAGUUCUUCUGCUGCUGAGCACAGUGCCAAAGGAUGGUUUGAAGAGCCAAUCAGUAUUCGAUGAGCUACGAAUGUCUUAUAUUAAAGAAUUGGGCAAGGCCAUUGUGAAGAGAGAGGAGAACUCCAGCCAGAACUGGCAGAGAUUUUAUCAGCUCACUAAGCUACUGGACUCCAUGCACGACAUGGUCGGCGGACUCCUGAACUUCUGUUUUUACACUUUCGUGAACAAAUCCCUAAGCGUGGAGUUUCCGGAAAUGCUCGCAGAGAUCAUCAGCAACCAGUUACCAAAAUUCAAAGCUGGGAGUGUCAAACCGCUGCUCUUUCACCAGAAGUAAAGCUCUUCCCAUGCAGGAUACCAUGCCUUAAAUGUCCACCCCUUUCCUCCAAGUCCCCCUCCGCCCGAAACAGCGCACAAAGGAUGGCCCGUGCUUGGGGGACGGGCGGGGAUAAGUGGCUGUAUGCAAGCCAGCACAGAAUUUUAUUAUUAAUGAGAAAUUAAAUGGAGGCGGAGGAAGAGACGGGUAAUUAGAAGUCCUAUAAAGCUAAGAAAUGGCUCAACUGUUGAAAUGAUAUAAUCGUAAAUCUCAUGGACAGUAACAAAUUAUCCCAUAUAAAUAUAUAUAUAUAAAUAUAUAUUAUACACGUUUACAUAUUUUCUUUGGAACAGAUGGAGCGCCACGCACUUACCAGAUUCUAGAGUUCAUACUCAACUUUACGCCAACCGGAAUAUCUUUUUAACAUUAACUGAUAAUGGUUUGAAAUAAUUGUUUCAAUAAUAUGUAGAGUACAGACAGCUUCAGCCUAGUUUGAAAACGAAAAGAUUUUUUUAUAGCAGCAUUUCUUUACUGUUUUAAAAGUCGAUAACUGCUAACAUACAGUACAUAUAUACACAGAGAAAGGGAAAAUACGUGCCUUUUUUUAGCUUGUUUCAGUUUUAUCCAUGUUCUUUACCUGCACCAGACCUUCUUGCAUCCGUUGUGUUGAGACUUCAUAGUUGAUUGUACUUUUAUACCCACUUGCACUUGUAAUUUUUUAAAAAUGGCCGUGUUUAUUUUUGGCAGCUGUAGUGUGAACUAAAGUGAUCCUUAUGGCAUGGAGAUGAGUGUGAUGAUCGGCAUUGUUUUUAUGUUGUUAGGACUUCAGUGGAGAAAUGCAAUUCGUGCACUUUCACCCCUUUGAAAUGCUUUAAAGACUGGUGUAGGUCUGUUCUGCAUCUAAAACAGCCAUUUUUUAUUCAUUCGCACCUGUUUAUAUGUGUAGGAAUUAUGCAAUGUGAAUCAUGAGUUUCAGAUUUUCACCGUUGUUGUGUUUGUGUUGUAUUUGUUCCUUUAUUUUCGAUCACAUGCAUAGUAAUGCCACAUUGUACAACCAAAACAGUGGAUGCAGAAACAACCUCGCUCGCAUACGAACGAUUUGAUUCUGUCUUUAAAGAAGGUCAGAUAAGUAAUAGCAUACAAUCACAGCUACACCAAACAUCUUGUAAAAUCACAACUCAGGCCCACUUCAAGUAUGUAGUACCUCUCAAACUCUAGAUUGUUCCUUGUAUUGCAGUGUACACGAUUUCCAGAUUAUUAUUUUUAAACCAGGUUCAGACUAAACUGUCAAACUAACCUGUUGUUUUGCUCUAAGCACUUACAAUAUCUCUGUUUAAUCAGUCAAACUGUGGUUCAGGAGCAGGGUUAACUCUCUGGGAAUUUCUACUCACCUAUAUUGUAUCUGUUUGUUUUUUCCUGUGCCAAACAUAUAUUGAUUUCAAUUUGUACAAUCUAAAACUGUGCUUGUCUUAACAGUUGUAAAAUGUAUAUUAUUCAAGAGGAGGAUAAAGAAAAGAUGAAUAUUUUAGUCAGAUUUAUUCUGUGAAUCCUAAUAAGUUUUGUUUAAUACAUGAAUAAAAGACAGAUGAUAUCUCCA